UAUCCAAUUAAAAUUGGAUCAGUUCAUAUUAUGAAUUCAAGUCUCAGUGAUGGAUUUUUGGUUGCAGGGAAAAAGGUGAGCAAAGCUCCAAAGAUUCAGCGACUCAUCACUCCACUGACACUGCAAAGGAAGCGGGCAAGAAUUGCUGAUAAGAAGAAGAGAAUUGCAAAGGCAAAAUCUGAGGCAGCAGAGUACCAGAAACUUCUUGCCUCCAGAUUGAAGGAGCAGAGGGAACUCCGCAGUGAGAGUUUGGCAAAGAGGAGAUCCAAGCUUUCCAGUGUUGCUAAGCAAUCUGCCACUGCAUAGGCCAGCUGCUCUCACAGAUAUGGUGAACUUUAACCCUCAUCAUAGUUUUGGUAGUGUAUUUUGCUUGCUUGAAUUUUUGUCGGUAUUUGUAAACUUGAAUAUACACUCUUCAUUUUAUCUAUUCAGUGAUUAGUAUGAACAAAAACCAGUUGUUUCAGUUAUCUUGUUGGGAAAACUGCCUGCUUGUUUGUC